AUGGAUGAAUUUGCCCAAACCCGCGGCGUCGACGAUCUCUUUGAUGAUGAAAUCGUCCCCCUUCCUGCCGAGGAAGUCGAGAUCGAAUACCACUCCGAACUCGAACCGGAACAUGUGGAUCGUGAAUCCACACAUCAACGACCGGCUCCCUCUCAUCCACGACCACCUUCACAACCACUGGCGUCACGGUCACCAGAAAAGCAACAGCAGCAACAUCAACAACAACAACAACGUGGUCGUGAAUCGCCGUCUCACGCUGAGGCACACGUACCGGCCCCUCAGGAGAGUAAUGGUGCCGCUCAGUAUAUAAAUGGCAAUAAUCAUCGGAGCCGCGGGAGUGGGCGCGGAUAUAGUGGGGAGAGGGGGAUGGGGAGGGGCAGAGGACAAGGCGGUGGUGGUUGGCGUGGUGGGAGGAGCGCGAGGUCGCUAGCGGCUGAGGAAAGGUGUAUUGCGCCGACCCCUACACCUGCCGCGGGUGGUGGAGAGGGAGAGGAAAAGGUGCGGGAUAGUAAAGAGGGGCAGGUGGAUGCAACUGUUGGUGGGGAUGCGGAUGGGAGAGCGAGGGAGACAGAUCGGAAUGAGGAAAACAGCGUGGAUAAAAAUACGAAAGAGCAGGACACGCCGGCACCUAGGAUUUUUGCGGUCAAGGGAGAUAGGAGCGGGACUGGCGGUGUGAAAAAGCCUAAGCUCACUGAGGACGAACUCACAGAACGCAUGAAAGCUGCUAAACUAAAAGCAGCGGAGCGGGCCGCAGCGCACGCCCGCGCGGAAGCCGACGAAGCCUCAUUUCUGGAACGUGAGCGCGUCGCCGCCGAAAAACGGCGUGAGGAGAUGCAGAACCGCCACGCGAUGAACAACGAACGGGAGCGGAAUCGGCGACGAAAACUUGAGGCGCAAACCAGGCGUGAGUGGGAUGUUGAGAAGUCUGUGGAGGCUUUCGCGUCGACGGCGGGACGCGGCCGUGGUUCGUAUCGACGUGGUGCGCAUGGCGCUGUUGCUAAUGGUGGGACCGCUCCGGCGGCGGAUGGUGUGCGGGGGUUUGCAGAAGAUUCGUUAAUAGAGCAUGAGAGUGGGGGAUAUUUUCGCGGGAGAGGAAGCGGGCGCGGGAACCCGCGUCGCGCAAGAGGUGGAAGGGGCCGUGGGGAUUAUUUUGCUAGACAAAUGUCCGGGGCCCCAUCUGGGCCUGACGUUGAGAAGUGGGUCGAAGGCGUGUCGCCUUCACAUCACCCUCUUGAGCCUCCUCGCGUUAACGAGGAAGACGAGUUCCCUGCGCUGCCGACUGCAUCCGGUGGAAGUGGGAGCGGAAAUAGGAAUGGCCAUGCGAAUUCGAAUGGUAAGGAAGGUGUUGCUACACCACUUUCACCUCAGGGGUCGUGGGCGGAGCAGGUGGAGAUGACCCAGGCACAGCAGGAAGAGCAACAACAGUCAUUGCAAGCGACAUUAUCAUCCAUGACAUUAGAGGGGAAAAGAGAGGGUAAUUCGUAA